AUGGAAUCACAAGCUCUCAUGCCCAAGAAACCAAAAGUAACACCUUCUCUUGCAUUUACCACGCUAGUGGCGUGUUUUGGGUCUAUCCAAUAUGGAUACCAUAUGGCUGAGUUAAAUGCACCAGCACAAGUUCUAUCAUGCUCUAAAUAUGUCAAUCCAUGGCCCGACACUCCGUAUGACCAAACAUGGCUUGGAUCGCACGGUUUCAACGAAUGUAUCAGGCUUUCUGAAGAACAACUGGGGCUUGCAACUGCUAUAUUUUCAAUUGGCGGACUUGCGGGCUCGUUAUAUGCGGGCAAAUUGGCAGAUCGAUACGGUCGUAAACGCUACAGUUUUGUCAACUGCAUCGUAGGUAUAUUGGGGUCGCUGGUGCUAUUUCGCGCAAAUACGUAUGCGCAGUUGAUUGCGGGUCGUUUUAUCGUGGGCAUAUGUUGCGGUAGCUCCAUAGUGGUGACACCCCUUUUCAUCAAUGAAAUUUCGCCUCAAGAGCUGCGUGGAUCCAUGGGAUCCAUGAAUCAGGUGUGUAUCAACCUAGGGAUUCUGGUGACACAAUUGCUUGCUCUUUAUCUCGCAGAUUCGUUCCGUUGGAGAUGGCUUAUGUUCACCGGUGCCAUUCUUGCGCUGGCAAACUUGUUACUACUUUUCAAAGUGGAUGAAUCACCAGUAUGGCUGGCGUCCCAGGGGGACGUGGACGGUGCAGAAAGCGUGCUACACAGCUUGCGUGGUGGAGAAUUGCACAACACUCGUGACGAGGUCGAAGAAUGGCUCACAGCUCGGGGAUCUUCCAGAGGCGGUGGAAGCUACCACUCAAAUCCGAGACGGUUAAGCCCUCCCAUAAGAGCCGCAUCGCAACAGUCGUCUCUGCUGUCGUCACAAGAUACACACGACAGAUUAUCAGUAGCACAGUACUUCACCGAUCCUCGCUACACCAAAUCGCGUUGGGCCAUUGCCGUGAUAUUAAUGAGUCAGCAAUUUUGCGGUAUCAAUUCUCUUAUAUUCUAUGGUGUGAGAGUGAUCAGCGGACAGCUGCCCCAAUAUGCCCUCGCAGUAAAUUUUGCAAUCUCGAUCGUGAACCUGGUCGCAACCUUUGGUGCGUCCUUACUCGUGGAUCACUGGGGUCGCAAACCAUUACUCAUUUCCUCUGCAGGUUCCAUGUCUGUUGCCACGGCUUUUGUGUCUCUUGGGAUCGUUACCGAUAGCUCUGGCGUCUUGGUGACAUUCACAAUCAUCUACGUGUGCGUAUUCGCACUUGGACUGGGCCCAAUCCCAUUUUUAGUCAUUUCUGAGCUUUCCCCACCAGAGGCAAGAGGAAUUGCUCAAAGCUACGGAACUACUUGCAACUGGAUUGCCACGUUCAUUGUCGGCUACGGAUUUCCCUUUCUUCACCGAUGGUUAGGUGGUUACGUUUUCCUGGUUUUCACCGCUUAUGCGGCUGGUUUCACAGCCUACGUUAAGUACGAAAUUCCUGAAACCAAGGGAAAGCUCGAAGCAGAUUUACGGUGGAGAGAAUAA